GAUAUGUGCGGGACACUUUUUGUCAAUACAGCUCUCUUAAUAACAUUGUGAGUUUUACAAGCAUUUGAUUACAAUUCAUAUCAUGUUUCCAGAAAGCCAUGUUUGCUAGUCUUUUUGGUAAGACAAGGUCACAAGGUUGCUUGCCUUGUGACCUAAAUUUUCUGAUGGAUCUAAGAGUUGCUAUUGUCAGUUUAUCCAGUUUUUUUCUUGGGAAAAUGGGAAUGACCCUUUCUAAGCUCUUUACCUGUCAGGACAGAAACUACUUUUUUUAUUUGGGAAAAAAAAAACCCCACUUUGCUCAUGGAAAAGAAUAAAAAUCACUUGAAAUCCUCCUCACACACAUGUAACUAUUGGAUGUGGUUGUUUCUUACGGAAGGUUGUGGGAAUCACAUCAAAAUGUAACUCAGUGUGAAGAUGAUUCAGUAAGGUGAUAAAGGAAUCAUGUGUACCAUUUAUCCAUUAAGUGUCCGAAUCCUUUUUUUAAGAUUUUAUUUUUAAGCAAUCUGUACACCCAACACGGGGCUUGAACUUACAACCGUGAGAUCAACAGUCGCAAGGUCCACUAUCUGAGCCAGCCAGGCACCCCUAGGUGUCCAAAUCUUGUUCUAAGGAGUGAAUUUAGAGAUUUUGGAGGAGUAUAUGGAAGCUUAUUUGUUGGUCUUUUCUCUGAAUAUCAUUUUCCCCAGCCUAGCUUUUGCUAGGAACUAGAAAAGACACAAUUUUCUAAUGAGAGAUGGAAAUGCUAGUGUCUUAUAUUGAUGACUGGAAGAUUCCAUAUGCUUUGGAAUUCACAUCAGCAGGAGGAGGGUUGAUAUCCAAUUAUAAAAUUACCAAAAAAACCCCAAAACAAAACAAAACAAAAAAAGCCCACCCUGAAUAGAAGAACACCUGUACACAAAGGCAGACUUUUCUGGAUCAGUUUUAGAUCAGUUUCAGCACAUGCUUGGUGGAACCCUUAAAGUUCUAAACCUCAAGCAUGGUGGAAUAAUUUUGGCCAUGAAAAACUUUAAAGCAGAUGUUAACAGUUGCCUUACAAAGAUUAUAGGAAAAUAAUGGUCCCAUGAAUCAUCUAUUGAGUCAUUUUUAUCAGAAUAAAAGCAUGUUUCAAGAUUUCUCUUAAAAAAAAAAAAAAACUCUAUGUCAUGUCUCCCUCCAUGUACCUUUUCUUUGCUCUCUUCCCACAAAACUCUUUGAGUUGUUGAUUCCCAUUAUCUCCUAUGUCUCUUUCCAUCGUCCUCUUGAGCACUUUCCAAUCAUGUUUUCUCCCCACAACAGAACUUGUCAAGGACAUCAAUAAUGUCUAUGUCGCUAAAUUAAAUGACCAAUUCUCAAACUGAAUCUUAUAUGACUAUGGUAGCAUGUUACAUUACUGCCACCACUCCCCACCCCCACCUCCCAACAAAUCAUGGCUCUCAGGAUUCACCCAUGUGGUCCUUUCCAUAUCAACUCUGGAUUUGGACAUGGGGUUUAUUUUGACCAAUGGAACGUCAGUAAAUCUGAAGCAAGCAGAGGCUUGAUAAGCACUUGUACAUUGGUACUUGCUCUCUUGAGUCCUGUUGCCAAGGAAACAAUUAUGUGCUAUCCUGCUAGUGGGAUGAUGUGAAGGAGGAUCAAAGUGCACAACCUAAACUGACCACCAGAUCUGUGGAUGAGGCCCUUAGAAACUAAGUGCCAGCUCCCAGCCAAACUGUUGUCUAACUGCUCACGUGACCCCAAGCAAGGCCAUCAGAUGUGCUGCCUAGGAGUGGUGUCAGCAUCAUGCACCCAGUGUAUCUGAUGUGAGACAUCCAUGAUUGGGGGAAGAGAGAAGAUUGGGGCAAGAGGCAGCUGCUGUGGACAUUAUAGUAACAUAUUUGACUAAAGUGGGAAGCCCUCCAGAGGUUGAGCUUUGAGUAAUUCUGUGUGAUCUCCAAACAGAUGGGGAAAUUGAAGCUAAGAGAGAUUGAUUUAUUUGCCCAAAUCACCGAAGCCAAGUCAAGAUUUGAACCCACUUGAUCUAAGACCCAUUCUUCCUAUACACAAGCUACUACAGCCAGCACCCUGAAGUCACGUUUGUACAGCUGAAGCUCCCACACAGGUCCCGGAGCUUUGAAGUUCCAUGUGCAUCUUCCAGCUGACGAGCUCCUUCCACGGGGACAAUGCAUUCGAUUCGCACAGCGGAGAUGAAAGUCUCCGAGAUUGAGCAAACAGUUUUCGCGCCCGGCUUCGGGGAGAAGCCGGGCGAGGGCGGAGGGGGGGGCGGCGGCCAUUGGGGGGCCAGGCCCCGGCCGCGUUCUGCGCAGCCAUUGGCGGACUCAGAGCGCAGCACUGAGCAUGUUCUGGGCUGCCGCCCGCUCGCUCUCGGCUGCAGCCGCAGCCACGGCCGCCGCGGGAGCAAGCGCGCAUUGUGCGAAGAGGAGGCAGAUGCUAGCAGGGCCAGCCCCGCGCGAUUUGGCCUCCUCUCCCAGCGGCUCGCCUGGCCGCCUGACUGUCCCGGGAGCCUCCCCCUGUGCGGGCUGGGGGCCAAGGAGGGCCGGCAUGGCCUGAAUGCUGGAGGCGCCUCGGCUCAGCAGCGGGAUUGCAACAUGGGGAACCAGGAUGGGAAGCUGAAGAGGAGCGCAGGUGAUGCCUUGCACGAAGGCGGAAGCAGCGCCGAGGAUGCUGUCGGGCCCAGAGAUGUGGAAGCCACAAAGAAGGGGAGCGGGGGCAAGAAGGCGCUGGGCAAGCACGGCAAGGGGGGAGGAGGUGGCGGCGGGGGGGAGCCAGGCAAGAAGAAGAGCAAGUCGGAAUCCAGAGCCUCAGUGUUUUCCAACCUGCGGAUCAGGAAGAACCUGUCCAAGGGGAAAGGCACCAGCGGCUCCCGCGAGGAUGUGCUGGACUCCCAGGCCUUGCAGAUCGGGGAGCUGGACAGCGCGCACUCCCUGGUCACCAAGACCCCAGAUCUCAGCCUCUCUGCAGACGAGACGGGCCUGUCGGAUACCGAGUGCGCUGACCCUUUCGAGGUAACCCGUCCAAGUGGCUCUGGACCCACCGAUGUUGGGGUUGGGGGCAGGGUGGUCUUGGGGGAUUUGGAAGCUGCUGCAGGGGUGCAGGAUGGACAAAGAACCAGUUCCGGCUCGGACACGGACAUCUAUAGCUUUCACUCGGCCACGGAGCAAGAGGAUUUGCUCUCAGACAUCCAGCAGGCGAUCCGCCAACAGCAGCAGCAGCAGCAGCAGCAGCAGCAGCAGCAGCAGCAGCAGCUGCUCCUCCAGGGCCCUGAGAAGCCUGCAGCAGCCCCCACAGCCGCCUCCCCCCAGCCCGGGGCCUUCUUGGGCCUGGACCAGUACCUGCUGGGCACGAGCAGCGCAGCCGGGGAGGCCCCUUGCAGUCCCGACACGGAGCAGGCUCUGUCUACGCUGUCUGACCUGCCUCGGAGCCUGGUCACCGAGCCCCGGGUGCCCGAGCAGCCUCCACCCCCCGGAGCCUUAGCUGUGCCUGGCCUGCCGGUGGGCCAGCCUGCCGCUGCAGACUCGCCCUCCUCCCCGGCCUUCCGGUUCCCCGAGUCCUCACCAGCGGAGGAGGGCUCGGCCAGAAGCCCCGGCCCAGGGGUUGGGGACACUGAUGAGGAAGGCGAGGAAGACACUUUUGAGGAUGCCCCCCGAGACUCUCCAGGGGAGGCGUGGGGCCUGGAGGCGGGAGAGGACCCCCCGAGGCCGGGGGCAGAGCCCGAGGGGGAGCCCGGCAGGCCCGGCGCCCUGGCAGCCGCCUCCCUGCCCGGCAGUCCUGCGCCCAGUCCACGCUGCUUCAAGCCCUACCCGCUCAUCACUCCCUGCUACAUCAAGACCACCACCCGGCAACUCAGCUCGCCCAAUCACUCUCCGUCUCAGUCUCCCAGCCAGAGCCCCAGGAUUAAGAGGCGGCUGGAGUCUUCCCUGAGCCGGGGGCCCAGGGCUGCCCUCGUCUCCGCCGCCGCUCCGCCCAAGAAGCACCGGGCCGACGGCGGCCUCACCUGCGGCCUCAGCCGCUCAGCGGACUGGACGGAGGAGCUAGGCAGCCGCGCGCCCCCGGCCGGGGGCUCGGCGCACCUACCGGCACGCGAGGCUGCCUCAGAGGGGGGCGGUGGGGUGCCCCCCGGACUGGCAGCCAAGGUGCCUGGGGCGCAGGCGGCUGCAGAUGGCUUCCAGAACGUGUUCACAGGGCGAACUCUGUUGGAGAAGCUGUUCAGCCAACAAGAGAACGGGCCUCCAGAAGAAGCAGAGAAGUUUUGCUCCCGGAUCAUUGCCAUGGGUCUUCUACUUCCUUUCAGUGACUGCUUCAGGGAACCAUGUGAUCAGAACGCCCAAUCAAGUUCAGCUCCAUUUGAUCAAGAUCAACUUUACACCUGGGCUGCAGUCAGCCAACCCACUCACUCACUGGAUUACACAGAAGGGCAGUUUCCCCGACGAGUCCCACCUGUUUGGCCACCGUCUACACCUCCUGAUGAAGAACACAGGUCUAAGGAUGUUGAAACAGAAUCUCAGUCUGCUGUUUUGGAAACUCCAAAAACAUGUUCAGAUGCUGUUCAGCAGGAAGCUUUUGACAUGAAGUCUGAAGGACAGGCAACUGUAAUUCAGCAGCUGGAACAGACCAUUGAGGAUCUGAGGACCAAAAUAGCUGAACUGGAGAAGGGGUAUCCUGCCCUGGACGUGGAGAUGGCCAGAGGCCGUCAUGGGGCUCAGAAUGGAGGUGCACCCUUAGAAGAUGUCUGUCUUGAAGCUCUCAGGUUAGGAGAAAAGGAUGUACGUCAUCAAAGGAUUUUACAGGCAAAGUCAAUCCAGACAUCCCCGACAGAAGAGGGUGGGAUACCAAUACUGCCUUCUGUGAAUACACUGCCAGAGUGUCCUCACCACCCACCUGGGGCUGAAAGUGGAGACUCACCUGUGCCGUCCUCACCUUCUGGACCUCAGACAAAAUUCUGUUCGGAGAUUUCUUUGAUUGUGUCUCCAAGGCGAAUAUCAGUACAGCUCGACACACAUCAGCCCACGUUGCCUCCACCAUCUCCAUCCCUCCUGAAGUCUGACAGUCAAAGACAGUCCGGGUCACAGCCUUCCCAUCCUUCUCUUCAUACUGAGUUUGAAACCAGCCAUGAACACUCUGUUUUCUCUUCCUUUGAAAACAGCCAUAACGUCCAACCCUCACCACCUCUGCCUUGCACAGAGUCUUCCAGUUCCAUGCCUGGUGUAGGCAUGGCAGCUCCCCCACCUCCCCUUCUCCCUGGCACAACGAGACCUGUUCUUCCCAGUAUAGCCAUCCCCCCACCUCCUCCUCUGCCUGGUACAGAAAUGUUACCGCCCCCUCCUCCACCUUUGCCUGAUGAGGGAAUACCUCUUCCCCCUUCUCUUCCUGUAGUGGAGAUACCUCCUCCCCCUCCUCUGCCAGGUGAGGGAAUACCUCCUCCCCCUCCGCUGCCAGGUGAGGGAAUACCUCCUCCCCCUCCUCUGCCAGGUGAGGGAAUACCUCCUCCCCCUCCUCUGCCAGGUGAGGGAAUACCUCCUCCCCCUCCUCUGCCAGGUGAGGGAAUACCUCCUCCCCCUCCUCUGCCAGGUGUGGGAAUACCUCCUCCCCCUCCUCUGCCAGGUGUGGGAAUACCUCCUCCCCCCCCUCUUACCGGUGUGGGAAUACCACCUCCCCCUCCUCUUCCCGGAGUGGGAAUACCACCUCCCCCCCCUCUUCCCGGUGUGGGAAUACCACCUCCCCCUCCUCUUCCCGGUGUGGGAAUACCCCCUCCCCCUCCUCUUCCCGGAGUGGGAAUACCUCCUCCUCCCCCUCUUCCUGGAGUGGGAAUACCUCCUCCCCCGCCUCUUCCUGGAGUGGGAAUACCUCCUCCCCCGCCUCUUCCUGGAGUGGGAAUACCUCCUCCUCCCCCUCUUCCUGGAGUGGGAAUACCUCCUCCCCCGCCUCUUCCUGGAGUGGGAAUACCUCCUCCCCCUCUCCUGCCAGGUGAAGGAAUACCUCCUCCCCCUCCUCUGCCUGGAGUUGGGGUUCCUCCACCUCCUCCUUUGCCAGGUAUGGGGAUUCCACCUGUUCCAGCUACCCUGCCAACUUCUGGAACAGGCAUUCCCCCACCCCCUCUGCUUCCUGGAUCAGGCCCUCCACUCCCCCCUCAAGUUGGAAGUAGCACUUUAUCAGCACCACAAGUGUGUGGUUUUCUUCCUCCUCCAUUGCCAGCUGGCUUGUUUGGAUUAGGGCUGAACCAAGACAGAGGGAGUAGGAAGCAGCCAGUAGAGCCUUGUCGGCCCAUGAAGCCUCUGUAUUGGACGAGAAUUCAACUGCAUAGUAAAAGAGACUCCAGUGCUUCACUUAUUUGGGAAAAAAUUGAAGAGCCAUCCAUAGAUUGUCAUGAAUUUGAGGAAUUGUUUUCUAAAACUGCCAUGAAGGAGAGGAAGAAACCUAUUUCUGACACUAUCACAAAGACCAAGGCUAAACAAGUGGUCAAGUUAUUAAGCAACAAAAGGUCACAAGCAGUUGGAAUAUUAAUGUCUAGCCUUCACUUAGAUAUGAAAGAUAUACAACAUGCUGUUGUGAACUUGGACAAUUCUGUGGUUGAUCUGGAGACCCUUCAAGCUCUCUAUGAGAAUAGAGCACAGUCAGAUGAACUGGAAAAAAUUGAAAAGCAUGGCCGGUCCUCCAAAGACAAAGAAAAUGCCAAGUCUCUGGACAAACCUGAACAGUUCCUUUAUGAACUGUCACUAAUCCCCAACUUUUCAGAACGAGUCUUUUGUAUCCUCUUCCAGUCCACAUUUUCAGAAAGCAUUUGCUCAAUUCGUCGCAAACUGGAAUUGCUACAGAAAUUGUGUGAGACAUUAAAAAAUGGCCCAGGGGUUAUGCAAAUUCUGGGUUUGGUUCUUGCUUUUGGCAACUACAUGAAUGGUGGAAAUAAGACUCGAGGACAGGCAGAUGGCUUUGGGUUAGACAUUCUUCCGAAGCUGAAAGAUGUUAAAAGCAGUGACAAUAGCAGAAGCCUUUUGUCAUACAUUGUCUCCUACUAUCUUCGAAAUUUUGAUGAGGACGCUGGAAAAGAACAGUGUGUUUUUCCACUGCCAGAACCUCAGGACCUUUUUCAGGCUUCACAGAUGAAGUUUGAAGAUUUUCAAAAAGAUCUCAGAAAACUAAAGAAAGACUUGAAAGCCUGUGAAGUUGAGGCGGGGAAAGUAUACCAGGUAUCCUCAAAAGAGCACAUCCAGCCUUUCAAAGAAAACAUGGAACAAUUUAUUAUUCAAGCUAAAAUUGACCAAGAGGCAGAGGAGAAUUCACUGACAGAGACUCAUAAAUGCUUUUUGGAGACUACGGCCUAUUUCUUCAUGAAACCAAAAAUUGGAGAGAAGGAAGUGUCCCCAAAUGUUUUCUUCAGUAUCUGGCAUGAAUUCAGCUCUGACUUUAAAGACUUUUGGAAGAAAGAGAACAAACUCAUUCUACAAGAAAGAGUAAAAGAAGCCGAAGAGGUGUGUAGGCAGAAAAAGGGAAAAUCACUUUAUAAAAUAAAACCAAGACAUGACUCUGGAAUUAAAGCAAAGAUAAGUAUGAAAACCUGAGCGAUGAAAAAGCAAAAUGAACACGAGUCACUGCAGCCACUUCCACAACAUUCAGCUGACCUGAGGGUGGGAAGGAAACCAUACCAUUUUGUUCAUUUUUCCUCUUGACCUCGAGCAUAAUCUUUGUGUUUUCUAGACAGUUCACCAAUUGUUGAAUCUUACUGUACAUUCAUAAAAAUGCAAAAGCAGUAGACCAGUGGAGAACUUGACACCUUUUCUUUUUGUAAAGUUUAUGGUAUAAUAUUGAUAGACCAAAACAGCAUGUAUAAGAGGCAGUAUUUGCGUUAAUGCUGAACAUGCUAAAUGUUAACUUACAAUUUACUUUCGUGAGAAUAUUCCUUAUCCCAGCAAAACACUUUCCUUUCUACUGACAACCAGUACUCCAUUUCACUGCAUUUAGAUUUAUGGCUAAAAUGUUAUUUCUAGUGAAUUGUUUGUAUCGGUUUCAUGUCUACAUAUAAAUUUUCUAUUUUAAAACUUAAGUACCAUUUAUAUAUCAUAAUCAAGGCUUCCCCAACUCUUGGGUUGCUCUCCAUAACUAUAUAUUUGUGAAAGAAGAUUAUCAUUUUUUUACUCAAGUAAAAAAUAUAGCAAAAGGAAAGCCCUUUCCUAUAAGUCAUUUAAUAUAGGCAGAAAUCAGAGUAUUAAGUUUAAUGAGGGUUUUUAUCAGCCUGUGUUCUUUGAGACCGUACAUAAAACUAAUCUUCAGCUAAAGUAAAUUAAAGUUGUGCCUCUCUAUAAUGUUACCAUUGGCCUUCACAAAGAAAAUAUGACUCAAUAUGUUGAAGGAAUUUAAAUAAAUGAUGUUCAUAAAAUUGCCAAACAUGACUAAUUGUUGGCAAAAAAAAAAAAGUAAGUUUUCAGGUGGAUUGGCAUCUGUUAAUUCACGUAACCUGCCUGAGUGUUUUUACACGAUUAGAAUCAUCUCUAUGUGUUACAGCAGGUGAUUAAAAGCUAUAAAAUGAGUAUGUAAUGAUUUGUUACCUGAAGGAGCCUAGGAAAGGAUUUUAUUUUAUUUCAAGGGGGAAGAAGAGUAAAUCUCCCACUCUUUGUGAGAGUAUUUUAAAGUCAGCUCAAGAUACAUUGUGAUGGCUUUGUCUAAUAUUAAUAGGUGGGUUUUUUUUUCUAAUUCUUUUAAUGAUAUUUGUUGGGGCUUAUCGAUGUUGAUAAAGGGGAGAAUUUCUUGCUAUCAGAAACUAAUUAUGGAAAGACUUAAAAAAGAAAAUGUCCUGAAUCACAACUAUGUUUGCCUUUAUGUAAAGUAUGGUCUUUUACCUUUUAGUUUAUAGUUUAAGUGCAAAGAAACAGUAGUGGAUUUGGUUUGUUUUCUAGUCUUCCUGUCUCCUUCAGUCCCUCCAAUGUGUAUAUUACCAUUCUUCACUGUAAUAAUAGGGCAUUUAACAAAGAUCGCUAUGUGCAAUACUGUAUUUAGUGUUUCUAUUUCAAUUUUUCUAGGAUGUUAAUUUAUAUGAAAAUAAAAUGAAUAAUAGAAGCG